AUGGACAACCCCAAACCCGCGCAAGGCAAUCAUCAAAAAUAUCUCACCCAUCUUCCUCUAUUCUAUGAAGAUCCUGUCGACGAAGUCGACAUAAUCGAGCUUGAAGAAAUCACAAGGAAAAGAGUUGAUUUACUUAAAAAAGUUGAGCUAAAUAUGCUUGAGAAAAUGAAUCUGAAAUACAUAAGCAUUGACCCACUUUUCACAGAGAAAUAUAAUGAUAGAGAGAAAGAAUUCAGGGAUAAGGCUUCUCAUUUUAUGCUAAAAUUGGCUUAUUGUAGUCAUGCUGAAGAAGGGAAAUGGUGGGUCAAUAUGGAGACUGCGCUAUUCAAAAUGAGACUCAAUAAUAUGACUAAUCCAAGUGAAGUCUUAAGGCAGGCAAAUAUCUUAAACUUAAACUUAAACUUAUAGGGAGGCGUCUGCCAUAUUGGUUACGCAGUCACCAAAGACCUACCCAUACGGGUGGUUCAUCCGCUUUGCGCCGUCUUCAGCUUCGCCUUGAUCGAAUUGGGGCAAUGAUUCGCUGGGCAAGUGUUCAGCUCUGACACCACCUUUCUUCUUCUUCUUCAGCGCCUGAUGCCAUGGCACUUCUGAAGUGUAGUUCUGCUUCGGAAGUCUCCUCCUUCCCUUUCGGGUCCAGUGUUGAGUGGGCGGACUAUGGACUUCUGCGGCUGCUGCAUGUGUCACGAGGUUGACCAUCCAAAAAUUCCAAAAAAUGGAAUUUCUGUUCGGCUUUCGGCAAAAAGGAAAAUCUGGAUCCCGGGACGUAACGCCCGGUUUCACGCUAGCCAGUUGCCCGAUUGGUCUGGGUAUUACCUGCAGACUCCGCUGGGCUUGCCCUUUCCAAAUCCAAACCCUCCUUACCCUCGAGGUAAAACCCAACCUUGAAAUCGGACUGAGGGCUAGGCUCUGUACAUUACCAGAAUUGCUUACCUAGCAUUGCUGUCCAUUUCUGGAUUGGUAAAACCUUGCCGGAUAUAAUUAAAAUAUGUGUCGAGGCUGCAUGGCCGGGAGGCCAUGCCCAGACGAAGACGCCAUAUUUUAAUUAGGCAGGCAAAUAUCAGUUUUGAAAUUAAAACUUCUGCAGAUAUUGAGUGCCCGUUACCAGAAGAUAAAGAAGCUAUAGGGAACGGGAUAAGAUACAAGGUCCCUCUCAGUUUAAGCGCCUGCAUAUUAAAACUUGGCUAUUUUCCUAUAAAAGGCUUUUGUUAUGUCACUAGAGAACACAUAAUUGAUGUUAUUGCUGAUUUAUUUAGACAAGGAUGUGAUUUAGCUUUAAAAGAAGCUUCCAAAAACAUUAUUACAGAUGAAAGACUGAAAUCUAUUAUCAAUAGAAUUACAAACCCAGAUGCUGAUAAUGUGUAUGAAAAUAAAGCACCUAAAGAAAAAUUUGUGACCUUAGAAAACCUUGAUAUGAUGGCCCAUAACCAUUUUCCACCCUGCAUGAAAAGGCUUUUCAGCAAUAUAAAAACUAAUCAUCACUUAAAGCAUUUUGGAAGGCUUCAGUUUGGACUUUUCUUAAAAGGGGUCGGAUUAAGCUUAGACGACUCUUUGAAGUUUUGGAGGACUGAAUUUUGUAAUAAAAUGACAGUGGAGAAGUUUUCAAAAGAAUACGAGUAUAGCAUUAAGCAUUCAUAUGGAAAAGCUGGAAAAAUGGCUGAUUAUACACCUUGGGGCUGCAGGAAGAUUAUACACUUCCCUAAUCCAAGUGAUGGAGAAUUCCAUGGGUGUCCUUUCAGACAUGCUGCUAGAGGGGAGCUGCUGAGGAUUCUAAACUCUUAUGGGAUCAAUGAAGAGACAAAAGCAUCAAUCAUGCAGAAGUUCCCUAAUGAGCCUGAAAGGUCCUGCAUCAGUCUUUUUAAAGCUACCCAUGAUAACACUCCUCCAGACCUUCUCGAGCAUGUAGGCCGACACCCCAAUUCCUACUUUGACGCGUCAAUCAAGUAUCAUAACUUAGCCGGAAGGUAA